UGACACAAAACACAAACUGGGCGAGGUGUUUGUACUUCCUUCCUCAUCAGUUGGCUGCUGAUGUUAAGCUGCCCUUUGGAAUGGGGAAGGAUAGCAGCGGGUGGUGGGAGAAAUCGAGAAUACAAGGGUGCUUAGAUCUCAAGAUGGGAGGAGGGAAAAUACCAGGGAAGCUGGCGUUUACGUGUAGACCUGUGUGUGCGUGUGUGUCUGAGGACAUGUCUGUCUGUCUGGGAGGUCAACAGAGGGCGGGGAGGCAGCGGAGGUGGGGGAAGAAUCCCUGCAGAGUCAGACAGGAUGAGCCAGUGUGAAUAUGUGUGCAUGACAGAAAGCAUGAAAAGGAAGGCAUGGGCUGGGGGCUGGGGGUGGGAAGGAAUAGGCUACAGCCCUUUGCCUAUCCUUCAAACAAGCCGGGAAGACCCACCCCCAUCCUGUCUGCCUGUGAAGGUCUCGGAAGCUCCUCCAAAAGUCCCACCCCCUGAACAGUAGCAUAAAAGCCACACACCCACCCCAGCGACUGGACACUAAACAGCUACUGCUGGACAGAGCCUCAGAGUCAAAGUGACCAGAACAGACUCAACUCGACUGAACCGCUGGAGAUAUCAGGUCAGGAUCAUGGAUUCAAGAAGUUUUGUUGUGAUGCUUUGUUUGCUGAUGACAUCUUCAUGUCAGCCCUGGAGGGCAUUUGGAGCACCAGACAGGCGGCAGCCCCCUCCUUUUGCCUCCUUCCUGAAUCAGCUCCUGAAGAUACGCGAAGGAGCAGAUGGUAGAGCCUUGCAGGAGCCUGGGCUGGAAGCAGGAGAAAGGUCCACCAAGUGGGAGCAGUUGGAGGGAGUGAGAAGCCAGCUGAACCUGUUGAAGAGCUCCUCUCCUGGGCAUCGUGUCCCCCGACACCUGCUGGCCUUGCCUUCCAUGCGCGGAUGCCAGCUUGGCACCUGCCAAGUGCAGAACCUGGCCAAUCUGCUGUACCGUUAUGGGGGCAACAACCAGAAGGACGAAUCCCGCAAGAACAACAAGGACACAGCCGAUCCCAUGGGCUAUGGGCGCAGGAGACGCCGGGUGGCUGGGCAUGGCUUGCCCACUCCCACUUAAGAGACACCAUGCUGACGAGGGGAAAGAUGGGCACUAACUGAACCAGGCUCUGAGAAGCCGCAAGGAUCAAGAGAACACACUCAGUGACCCUGAGCGCUCAGAGGCAAUGGGCAACUACAAGCGUGGCCACCAUCAUGGGAUGGUUGUGGGUCUUCUUCUGUCUCCAGCAUUUUAGUGCCCCCCAUCCCAGUUCAAGAUUUGGGCUACUGGUGCCUAGGCAAAGCUUCAUAGAGAUGCAAGGCUGUAGAGCGGAUAGCUGCUACGGCUCACAGGGUGUUCAAUGGAGUUGUGUGUUCAGCAGUGGUCAAGCUAAGAGCCCCCUCUCCAACGGGGCAGCAGCUCUUUGCCAGAACGCAGGAGGAGGAUGCUAUAGAAGCCAAGGAAGAGGAUGGGAAAGUGGUCAUGCCCCCCCCCCCCGGAAAAGAACACUGGAACAUCUCGGCGUUGCAGAAUAGCUCCUCUGCAAAAUACAAAUGGACUUCACCGGCUAUGUGACAUCGCAGGCAGGGUGGCGGGAUUCCUGGGCAGUCCUGGCUUCUGGGAUUCUGUGCUUCAUUUAUGCAUCUGGAGUUGCAUCAAGAGGAGAUUUCAAGUAAAGAAAUUUGUCCACCUGGAA